GGGUCUUCACGUCAACAAGCAGCAGACGCGGAUCUGGUAGUGACAUGAGAAACCAAAGACCACCAGAGGAUGUCAAUGGAAUUAGACGUAUUUGUGGGCAACACCACCAUCAUCGAUGAGGAGGUGUACCAGCUGUGGUUAGAUGGAUAUUCAGUGAGCGAUGCAGUGCAGAUGCGGCUAGAGAGCGGUGCUUUCCUUGAGAGUGAUGUCAGUGGAGAGGUUCUGCACAGUGACACUAUGGACCAGUACAGGACCUUCCAGAUGUGCGAGCGGCUUUUGCACUGCCCGUCAAAGUUGGCUAAUCAGCUCCUCUUUCAGAUCCCUACCCAGCGCCAGGCAAUGCUCAUAGAAAGGUAUUAUGAGUUUGACCAUAGGUUUGCCAGAGAAGUUUUAGGAAAGAAGCUUUCGAAAGGGACCAAGAAGGACCUGGAUGAUAUCAGCUCUAAGACAGGCAUCGCUUUAAAGAGCUGUCGUCGUCAGUUUGACAAUUUCAAGAGAGUGUUCAAAGUGGUGGAGGAGCUAAAAGGCCCCCUGGUGGUCAACGUGCAGCAUCACUUCCUCCUGUCCGAUUCACUGGCCAGGGACUACGCUGCCGUCGUGUUCUUCGCUAACAGCCGCUUUGAGACUGGCAAGAGAAAGCUGCAGUAUUUGUCUUUUCAGGAUUUUGCCUUCUGCGCAGGCCAGCUCAUCAGCUAUUGGACUGUGGGGGCUGUCGAUGACAUGAUGGAGGACAUGGAUGUAGAUCUGGAGAAAGAGUUUUUGCAUGAUCUGAAAGAGCUAAAGGUUCUGGUUAAUGAUAAAGACAUGCUGGAUCUGCACAAAAGUCUGGUUUGCUCCCAGCUAAAAGGCAAAAUCAAGGUCUUCACUGAAAUGGAGGCUAAUUUUAAGAACCUGUCCCGAACGCUGAUCAACAUCGCGUCGAAGCUCACCAACACCAAAGAUGUGCGGGAUUUGUUCAUCGACCUUGUGGAAAAGUUCAUUGAACCCUGUCGAUCAGAUAAAUGGUGUGUUGGAGACCUCAGGCUUUUCCUCACUUACUACACCAGCACUGCCCACACACUUGAUGCAUUCAGAUAUCAAGUGCUCUGGGAGAGGUACAUGGGCGUCAUCCAAAGCUGCAUCCUGAAAAUGUACCAUGAUUAAAACGGCGAUCUGGUUCAAUUCCUGCAGUGCCGUUCUCACCUUCACAAAUUUCUUUCUAUUACCUUUUUUAUGUCUACACAACCAGAUACGACCCUUUAUAAAGUGUGAAUAUAUUUGUUAUAUAUUUAUGAUGUUAUGUAAAAUAUAUAAGUAAGUAAAAUAUAUUAUUUUUCUCAACAACGGCUCAUAACCAUCUCGUCCAUUUUUCCUACAAUCCGUUGUGUGCCUACUGCAGCAGAUACAGCAUAAGUCCUCUAAAUGGGAAGUAGGGGAACUGUAAUGUUUUCUCCCAGCGAAAAAAUAACUAUCAGUGUGCGAGUAUUUGCCUGAAGGGGUAACUCAGCAGCAGGGGGCUUCAAUUACCCCGGCAGUUCUGGAGACGGCGGAUGGGGGUU